AUGGGUCUCGGGGUGCUGGAGGAUACGAAGCUCGACCAGGUGCCGGGUACAUCCGAUGUCUACGAGCAGGACCGCAUCAACAGAGAACAUGCAAACAUCGCCGGCCUGAAGUAUGACUACUCCGGCAAAGUGCCCAUCAUCCUCGUGCCACAGCCGAGUGACGACCCCAACGAUCCACUGAACUGGCCACUAUGGCGGCGCGACCUCAUCCUCGCCGUCCUGGCUUGGGUGACGGUGCUCUGUACCUCUAUGAGCUCCAUCUUGGCUCCCAAUACGCUCAACAUCGCCGAGGACGAUGGGAUCACCAUCACCGACGCCGCGCUGCUGACCGGCUACCACCUGUGUGGCGUGGGCGUGGCGGGGAUCCUGAUCGUGCCCACCGCGCGCGUCUGGGGCAAGCGCCACCUCUUCCUCAUCGGGCACGUCUUGAUGAUCGUCAGCUGUGCCUGGGCCGGGGCCAGCGGCUCAAACGGCACCAGUCUGCUCUGGGCGCGGGUCUUCCAGGGCGUGGCAUUGGCGCCCUUCGAAGCGCUGGUCAAUGCCUGCGUCGGCGAUCUAUACUUCCUGCAUGAGCGCGGGAAACGCAUGGCCGUCUCCAACGUCGCCCUGUUCGGCGCCGCGUUCUUGACCCCUGUGCCCGUCGGCAAGAUCACCGCAACCAUGGGCUGGAAGUGGACAUUUUAUUUCGUGGCGAUUUUUCUCGCGGCCGCGCUACCACUCAUGGUCUUCUUUGUGCCGGAGACCGCGUACCGGCGUGCGGAUUACCUGAAUACAGAUUUCAGACACAAGAACCGAAACCGGAACGGAUCUCCGGAGGCUGAGCAGCCACUGAGCCGUGAGUCCAAUGGAGAAGAGCCCAAGGAUCUCCCAAUUCAGGGAUUGAAUGGCACGUUGAAUGGCACGUCGAACACACAGGUUACUGCGCAGCAGCCAGUUCUGGAGAAGGAUUCAUUCCUCAAGACCUUGAGGCCGUUCAAUGGACGGAAGACCGACGAGAAUUUUUUCAAGCUGCUCCUCCGUCCGUUUCCGCUGUUCUUUCAUCCAAGCAUCAUCUGGGCGUGCUUGAUCCAAGGUGUCAUCAUCGGCUGGGCCGUCUUUCUGGGUGUCAUCCUGGCCAUCGUCUUCCUGACCCCGCCUCUGUGGUUCUCCGAAGUCCAAACGGGCUAUCUGUACACGGGUGCCUUCAUCGGCUCCAUGGUGGGACUUGUGUUGUCCGGCCUGCUCAGCGAGGCGAUAAACAAACUGAUGAUCCGCCUCAAUAACGGCCGAUAUGAGCCCGAGUUCCGCAUCUUGCUGGUUGCCUUCCAGCUCAUCUUCUCCGGCAUCGGGCUGUACGGGUUCGGCUGGACGGCGGGUGAUGUGGAGCACUACCACUGGCUGCUGCCGGAUGUCUUCUUGAUGUUUGUUAUUAUCGGCAUGGUCAUGGGUGCAGUGGCCGGGUCACUAUACAUCGUCGAUGCCCAUCGUACGUGCCCCCAUACAUCAUUGUCGGGGACUAUUGCUGACUGCUCGUACAGGGGAGAUCGCCGUCGAGGCGUUUACUUGUCUACUGGUGUUCAAGAACAUGUUCAGCUUCGUCUUAACCUUCUACGCCUACGACUGGUUCAGCCACGGCGGAGUGAAACACACGAUGAUCGUCGUCGGCAGCAUCGAGGUGGGAAUUUGUAUGCUAAGUAUACCCAUGUGUAA